CGCCUCCCAGCCCCAGCACCCUGCGGGUCAACCUUAGUGGCGGUGGGACGUGCGGGUGCCCCAGCCCGGAGCCUACAGAAGUCACCCCUUCCAGCUAGUCGUGAAAUGCCGUAAAGCGGAGGCGCUUUGCGGUAUCGUAGUCACCUUCCCCCUGUUAUUUGAGAUGUUUUACAUGAUUGGUUUGGGCCUGGGAGAUGCUAAGGACAUCACAGUCAAGGGCCUGGAAGUUGUCGGACGCUGCAGUCGAGUGUAUCUGGAAGCCUACACGUCAGUCCUGACUGUAGGGAAGGAAGUUCUGGAAGAGUUUUAUGAGAGAAAAUUGAUUCUUGCUGAUAGAGAAGAAGUGGAACAGGAGGCAGAUAAUAUUUUAAAGGAUGCUGAUAUCAGUGAUGUUGCAUUCCUUGUAGUUGGUGAUCCAUUUGGGGCUACAACACACAGUGCUCUUAUUCUGAGAGCAACAAAACUGGGGAUUCCUUACAGAGUUAUACACAAUGCGUCCAUAAUGAAUGCUGUAGGCUGCUGCGGUUUGCAGUUGUAUAAGUUUGGAGAGACAGUGUCUAUCGUUUUCUGGACGGACACUUGGAAACCAGAAAGCUUCUUUGACAGAGUGAAGAAGAACAGACAAAAUGGCAUGCACACUUUAUGCCUACUAGAUAUCAAAGUAAAGGAGCAGUCUGUGGAAAAUCUAAUCAGGGGAAGAAAGAUCUAUGAACCUCCUCGGUAUAUGAGUGUCAACCAAGCAGCCCAGCAACUUCUGGAGAUUGUUCAGAAUCAGCGAAUACGAGGAGAAGAACCAGCAGUCACCGAGGAGACACUCUGUGUUGGCUUAGCCAGGGUUGGAGCUGAGGACCAGAAAAUUGCAGCAGGCACUUUGCAGCAGAUGUCUACUGUGGACUUGGGAGGACCAUUGCAUUCCUUGAUUAUCACAGGAGGCAGCUUGCAUCCACUGGAGAUGGAGAUGCUAAGUCUGUUUACCAUACCAGAAAAUAGCUCAGAAUCCCAAAGCACUGGUGGACUCUGAAUACAGGCAUUUUCUAUUGCGAGAUGUUAAUUUCAGUCAUAUAUAUACAUACACGUAUUUGUGUAACAAAUCAAACAGGUCUUUUGGUUUACCUAAUAAAUAUAAAUUGAGUGACCAAGAAGAAAGAUAUUCCAACAGCA